AUGUACUCCGUACACAAGGACAGAUUGUACCUUUGUCUCCUUCAACGACCGACACCAUGUCACGAAAUCACAUUAGAAGCACUUCUUAGCUCGUCUCCCAGCGAGCCAUUAAAACAGUCGACUGCGGUGCGUCGAGAUCUGGAGACCUUUGCGCAGGCACCAGCAACUGCAUCCCCAGCACUCCAAGGUCAAAUCUCUACUACCCUGACUAGUUUCUCCCGCACUCUCGAAGACUAUCAGAAUCUAUCACGCAAUGAGCUGAACGAAGAAAAGAAGGAAAAGGCUGUCGAGAGACUGAAGAACUUCCGCGCAGAUCUAGCGUCCUACCGCACACAGUUUGACCAACUAAAAAAGGAGCGCGAAGGGGCCGUGGCAGCCAACAAUAGGAGUGAAUUGCUAGGAAGGCGUCCACAUCACGCUGCGACCCCGGAGAAUCCAUAUGCCCACGUAGCCAACCAGAGCGCAUUCGCUCCAGCACACCGAAAUACACAAGACGGUCUCUCCUUUGGAGCGAGUCCGAAUGAGUACAGCAGGGAGAACCACGCCCUUGCCGAACAGAACUUCUUCAGCACAGCCAACGCUCAAAUCGAUGAAUUCCUAGAUCGAGGCCGGGCAGUGCUCGGCGAUCUGGGCCAACAACGAGAAAUUCUGAAAGGCACCCAAAGAAAGUUAUACAGUGUCGCGAAUACACUUGGUGUCAGUGGUGAUACCAUCCGUAUGGUCGAGAGAAGGGCCAAACAGGAUAAAUGGAUCUUCUGGGGAGGAGUCAUUGUCUUUUUUCUCUUCUGCUUCCUGGUCAUACACUUCCUCCGAUGA